AGCUCAUUCAACACUCCAAAAAAUUGGACAAUCAUACCCACUGAAAAUACCUUUCUCCCCCCACUGUAUUAUCUCAUCCCCCCUUCAUCAAAGCCAUGGGGUCACCAAGAAAAGAGUCUAAUUUGAAAGGCAUAAAUGACGGAGGAGAUGCGCCCCGCCGAACCGUAGGUGAAGUUGCAAGAGAGAAAAGGCUACGCGACGACCCGAUGGCAGAGGUUCUUGGCCCACUUUUUGUUACCUGCAAACGCUGUGGAAAUCGUAUAAAACUAUCCCCGAAGAGUCUGUAUGAUCCGUUCCAUUGGCUGAAACACCGCGAACGUUGUUUGAAGAAACCAGUCGGGGGUGCCCGUCCUACCAACCGCCCUUCGAGGGAAUCAAUUAAAGUUGAGAAACACUCCUCUGCUUCAUCGUCUAACACAGACGCCGACAAUCUCACACCACCUCCUCCCUUGACGCCCAAUGAUGAUCAACGGGGCAUUCCUGCUGUUUUCAAAGAAGGCUCUUCUUCACCUGAACCGGAGGAGAUGGUCAUUGAUACCUUAACAAAAGUUGCCGACUUGCCUCUGGUAGAUCACGGGCCCUGGCAAUCUUGGUCGUGGUCGGAUCUGAGACCUCCGGCCUGGUUGGUAGAUACCAAUCCUAUGCUUGAAGAUGAUGGCGACGACGACGAACCUCCUCGAGUAACCAUAAUAGAGCGCGGCCCGACUCCAACUCUCUCUCCCCAUCCGAGUGCGCGUCCUGAAGACCACCCAUAAGUCAAUAUACCGUUCUUGUAUUGCCAUCUAUCUGUCAUAGGUGUUAUCAUUCUUGCUUUGUUGUCUCCAUUUGCAUCGCCUGUACUUUACCAUUCGCAUAACUAGCUACCACAUUUGCCCAUACCAGCAUACCAGAGUAGCCAGCAUUAAUCUACGCAUUCUAUGAUCUUCACUACUAUUAUUACGGAUAUCAUUUCUUCUUAUCCGAGUCUAAGUAUUUCUUGAUAUGAUUUCGUGGUCUUCUGCGGGUGGCUGAUGAAUGCCACUCUGGAGGAGAUGAACUAUUACAGAAUCAUGACUGGCUCGAGAACCCCUAGAUAAUUAUCAG